UUCACCUUCAUCUUUUUCAUUCUACAAGUCAGUUUGGACAUUCUCUGUUCCCAGUCCAUAACUUGUCCACAACCUCUAUCUUCAUCUCUUUCUUCCCACUCAGCUUUCUCUCCAUUGAUAUCUUUUUCCUGAGCUGCUCUGGACCUGCACCUGGCACAUUACGGACGGGAGAGAGUAUCAAGAAAAUUGUAAAAGACCUGCUCAGUGCCAAGCCAGUGGACAGAUCCUGAAAAAUCUUCAACAAGACAAACCUGACAGCAGAGAACAAAAUUAAGACCCAAGAACGUAAGGAGGAGGAAAGGAGAUGGACCCAUGUACAGUAUUUAUCAACUCAUCUGACGUGAAUUGUCACUGCAAGUGAGGAGGGAGACAACUGGACAGGUGUUGCUUUUUGUUUCUGCAUUUUAAAAAAAGUCUGAUCCAUAAAAGAAGUUUUCUCUGAAAGUUCAACAAAGCAAAUCAAGCUAAAGAGACUGAGGGUGCAGAGUCAGACCUCAUGGAUUGACUGGUGGGUGCAGAGACAUCCUGCACACAGAUGUUUUUAUAAAGUGAAUUGGGGUCAAAGCGUGAACGAGCUUUUCUUGACCCUCUUCGCUCUGAAAGAAAACACUUCAAUAUAGUGGAACAGAACGUCAUGAAAGACUCAAAUCUCAGCUGGGGGUUGAUGGUGCUUCUGCUGCUUUGGAUCUUGUCAGUUGUCGCUGAUGCAGCCGGUGCUGUGAGCACAGAACGAGGAGGAGCUGGAAGAAGACGAGGCAGUGGCGGUGGAGGAGGAGGUGCGGAGAAGAGAAGGAAGUUCCACCGCAUCCAACAUGGCCAGUGCAGCUACACCUUCAUCCUGCCGGAGCUGGAUGGAUGCCAGAGUGGAGGAUUGCCAUCACAGACCGAACACUAUGGCGUCUCUCGCGGUGGGGCGAGUGUCGUGCAGAGAGACUCGCCGCCAAUCGACGGUGAAUGGUCAGCUCAGAAACUGCAGCACCUGGAGAGCACAAUGGAGAACAACACGCAGUGGUUGCAGAAGCUGGAGAACGUCAUUCACAAGAGUGUGAAGCUGGACGUCACCAGCAUACCAUCACACGUCGUUCACAAUCAAACGGCCACCAUGCUGGAGAUCGGAACCAACAUCCUCACGCACACAGCUGAGCAGACCCGCAAACUCAACGUGGUGGAAGCUAAGGUGCUGAACCACACGUCUCGAAUAGAGAUCCAGCUUCUGGAGAAUUCUCUGUCCACCAACAAGCUGGAGAAGGAGCUGCUACUGCAGACCUCUGAGAUCAGUCGGCUACGAGACAAGAACAGUCGUUUGGAGAGUAAAGUUCAGAUGUUGGAGUCUAAGCAGAAAGGAGAGCUGGAGGACAUGAAGGAGGAGAAGAACAGACUGCAGUCUGUCGUCAGGACUCAGAUGGCGGCCAUCGAGUCUUUAGAGAGGCAGCUGAGAGUCGCCAGCAGCAACAACACGGCUCUGCAGAGGCAGCAGGCUCAGCUGAUGGAGUCUGUCCACACACUCAUUAACAUGGUGGCUAGUACCACAGGGUCGCCGCCCAGGGACCAGAAGUGGAGAGACUGUGCAGAUGCUUACAAGGCCGGUCACUCUGUCAGCGGUCUGUAUAACAUCUACAUCAGCAACAGGACUGAACCUGUGCAGGUGUUCUGUGACAUGGAGACAAGCGGUGGAGGCUGGACAGUGUUCCAGCGGAGACUUAACGGCAGCGUAGAUUUCCAGAGGAGCUGGAGAGAAUACAAAAUGGGUUUCGGGGACGUGUUUGGAGAACACUGGCUGGGUAAUGAAGUGAUGUACCUGCUGACCAGUCAGGGUCAGUACUCUAUGAGGGUGGAGCUGAGGGACUGGGAGGGAAACCCCGGCCACUCCCAGUACGACCGAUUCACACUGACCAGUGAGAGGCAGCAGUACAGGUUGUACCUGAGAGGUUACAGCGGCACAGCGGGGAGGCAGAGCAGCCUGGCCACCCAUGGGACCGGCUUCAGCACCCGAGACCAGGACAACGAUAACUGUGACCACUGCAAAUGUGCCCUGAUGCUCACUGGAGGUUGGUGGUUUGACGCUUGUGGUUUCUCCAACCUGAACGGUAUUUACUACACCGUCGGUCAUAACAUCAGGAAGCUCAACGGCAUCAAGUGGCACCACUUCAGAGGCCCCAGCUACUCCCUGCGCUCCACCUCCAUGAUGGUACGACCCUAUGACUUCUAACAGCACCCCUGCAACUCUGUGAUGGUACGACCCUCAGCCUUAGGAGCUUCCAGUAUCAUGGCGGUACGACCCUACACCUGCCAACACUCUCCAACAUGCCUUCUUGGUACUUUUUGUCUCAGCACCCCUCAGCUCCACCGUGGUAUAAUCCUGCCUUUCCUCACAUUUACGGCCAUAAUGUUAAAACCCUUCAGCCCCACCUUCAUGAAACACUUGCUGGAUAUAUUGUUUUAUGUUCAUAACUAACCUGGAUCCAUGAUGCAAGAAAAGUUCAUUCAUUGAAGACAUUUAUGGUGCUGCCUUUAUUUGUACAUAUUUAAAAAGACAGAACAAGCUGCGUCAGAGUGCCAAAAGAGAGCAUGAGAGAAAAGUUCAAACCCUGGCUCCUCUCUCACCUCCACACAGCUGACCAAUCACUGUGUAAAGCAGGUGGGAAUGUCGGAUUGUUGGAUGCAGCCCACCAUCCCAAUUAUGAUGUCAGAAAGGUGUGUGGGGGGGGUUUCUGAAACUGCUUAACUACCCGAUAAGCAGUGCUGGAGCAUACUGGCAGCUUCAUGGUACAGACUUUUAUGAUAAGACAUGGUAUCAUCCACAGACUCGAACAGAGUGCCAAGACCAGUUUAAAUUUGGGUUAAAACAACCAGACAGUGAAGCAGAUAUGGUGAUCAUGAGGAGGGGUUAUCAGACAAACACAGAGGUGAAGUGAAGAAGAGGAAGUGGUGCGUGAUGGCAAGCGUCAGAGCUUCAGGGUCCAGUGAUGUUUUCUGUCAGCGUGGGGUUACAGAUGCAGAUGAUGUGCAGGGGAUGGGACCAAGGAUGCUUAUAUGAACUUAACUUACGUGUGCAUUUAUCUACAUUUUUACAUGAGGUGAAGUUGAAAGUGGUGUUUGAAUCCCUUAAGCCUCAGAAAAAGAAUCUGAUUGAAUCUCUCUUGUGGUUUAUGGAUGUUUGAGAUGCCAAGUGGACAAAUGGCAGCUCAGUUUCCCCUUCACUGUGUAUACUGGUAAUGAAACAGACUUGUACAUAAUAAAUUGAAACUGAUGAAUAAUUGAAGGACGACCAACUAUGACAAACGCAGCUGGAGAGACAUUUUGAUUUUGAUCAUUGUAUCGGAAAAGAGACAGUAACAGCCAGCAGACUGGAUCGUUUUUGAUGGAUCAUUUACCACAUUUUUGUACCAGAGGUUGGACAAGACAACACUUUCAACCUUGAUCGACAUCCUGCAGCCUCUGCUUUGUUUAUCUGAUCAUUGAAGGAAGGAAACAAUUGAGGAGGAAAGAAAUGAGCACGCUACAAGAGUCCAAACUGAGCUUCAUUCAGUUGUUUCACGUUGGACGGAGUCUGCACGAUGAUCAAAGAAAGAAAGAAUGAAUCAGACAACAGAAAUCAAACCACAGUCUGUGUGAGUCCAGAUUGUGAAGCAGAGAAAUGUUGCUUUAAUUAUCUUCCUAAUCUAAACAACCUGACUGUUUCCGUGUUUCUCGUUAGAGUCACACAGUCUCACUCUCAUGGCUCAUACACACAUGAAAUGAGUUACAGAACUUAAUGACACUGUCCUUGUUAUCAUCCGGGCUGUUUUUCAGCCUCACACACACCUGUGACACUCCUGGCAUAUGAUACAGACACACACCUGUUACAACCCCAGAUGAUUAAAUCACUGUGUACAACAGAUAACUGGGAUAGCAAAUCGAUGUAUCUCCUAUUUUUUGGUCACAUUAUAGCUCACAUAUCAUCAGCAGUGAAGGUUUAGAUUAUCCGCACCACAGUAAAAACUGGACUGGAUGUGUCUGAGUGUGUUUGACAUUCAAAGAAGUGAGUGACAGUCAGUCAGUCAGACAUUCUUCAUUCUUUAUGGGAAAAAAAACUGAAGAACCAGGAGCAUAGCACAAAUAUUUACUGUCUGACAAAGCUAACAGUCAAAAAUUACUUCAACAUUAUUGAUUUUUAUGUUGAAGCAGUAAUACAUUGUGUCAGUGGAGGCAGAACAACUGUAGACUCAUCCAGUAUUCUGCUUCUACUCGCUGUGCUAACACAUUUAGCAUGAAAGGUGUCAGUGACGACAGUGCAGCAGAUACAGUCUGACAUGUUUUUGAAUGCACACUUUAUGGUGCUGUGAUUGACAAUAAAUACUGCAAAAAAUAAUGCAUAAUAAAUAUCUCUCAUGGUUCUGCAGCGAUGCUAGCAGCUCCAUGAGCCUGUUUUUAGGAACAGCACUGCUUUGCGCAAAAUGCUAACAUUAGCAUGUUAACAUAUAAUGACAGAGCUAUCAUGCUGAUAUUUAGCAGGUAUAAUGUUUAACAUGUUCACCAUCUUAUUUAGCGUGUCAGCAUGCUAACGUUUGCUAAUUAGCACUAAACACAAAGUACAGCUGAAGCUGAUGGGAACGCACUGCAGGUAUUUGGUCAUAAAGCAAAGUAUAGAGUGCUGCAGGAGUGAGUCCUAAAACCUGGAAAUGUGUUAGCAUUUAAGCACUCCUGGUUCCCUCAUUUGGAAUUUAAUGUCUUUAAAAAGGUGGUUGCUAACAGGUUGCUAUAUGAGACUACACUCCAAACACGGCUUUACAGCCACGUUGUGGUGGUGACGUUAAGUCAUGUGACCGUAGUGUAGUUCAUUCAUAGCCUAAUGUUAGCUUUUUACCUCUGUCGAUUGCAUUUACCCUUCAGAAAUCUGAGAAGUGUUUAUUUGUGAAGAUUUUUGUUAACCACAGAGCUAAUUUUGAGUAAUAAUCCAAUUGACUUUUUGAUGAGGGAACCAACUUUGGUAUCGGCCUACAGAAAAAACAUCCCUGCAGCACACUGUUGAACAAAUUUAAAGAUCUACCUGAUGAUGGCAAUAGAGGUUGGUACAGUUCAUCCUGAGGGGAACAUGAAUGUGUGCACAUGGAUGUAUAAAGAGAACUGGAUAUAGCGUUGGAGGUGAGGCCCCAUUCAUUCCUGUGAAAGCUGCUCAGUGCCUCAUGAAGCCAAAAAGUUCGACAUGUUUCCAAGUGUAAUAAACAUGCAGCUCUUCUAGACUUUGGAAAUGGUUUUGGAUCAAAUGGACCAAAUCCUGAUUGUGAAAUGAAUUAUUUUGUUUGGCUUGUAAUGCUCAGUUUGUCUUUGAUAAUGUAAGUCUAUGGGAUAACAGUCUUUUUGGCCCACUGGCAUCACGUGAGGGACCCGGAAGUUGUAAUUACAAAGUUUGGCCACCCUGUGAAAUUGGCUUCAAAGCCUGGUGCUGUUCCUUGGGGCAUUUAUGGCAGCCCAUUCAAUAGUUGUCAAAAUACUUCACUCAAAACCACAAAUUUCAACCUGCAGGUGGAGCUACAGUAAACAUCAGAGGAUCACUGCAGUCAGGAGGACUCAUCCUCUGAAGAACAUGAAUGUCUGUACACAGUUUUAUGACAUUACAUCAAAUAGUUGUUCAGAUAUUUUAGUCUUGAUCAAAGUCGUGUACCGACAUUAGACUGACGUGGACUAAAAACUACACUGCCCAGUUAUUUGUUCAGAUUAGCUUUCAGAAAACCUGUGGCGUGAGUGAAUUAACACCUUUGCUCACCUGUUAUGUUUCAGAUGUUCAGUGGGAUUGAUUUUCCCCUGGAGACAGCAAUAUUUGGGAUUCAUGAUAUUUAAAAACAAAACAUUUAGAUAAUCUUUAACACUCACUGUGGAUAAGAUGAAAAGAGCUGCCUGUAUUUGUUCCCUGAGAAGCUGAAAUUCUUGUGUGACAAUUGGUUAUUGGUUGUGAUUGGUUAUUUUCCUGCAGCAUUCUCCUUUUAAUAUCAUCAUCAGUACAGUUUGUAUAUGAAUCUAUAAGAUGUUUCUUUGUCAGAAUAAAGAGGUUCAUACUUCACCUCAUUAAAUGCACUUUAUGGAACAGAAGGAGGUGAAGUUUGGGACAGGUGGAGUUUCAUCUUCGCUCUCAUUUUUUCAAGAUACUGCGAACAUUUACAUAUUUUACUUUUUCAGGUCUAAACUGUUUUAUGUUUUCAUUACAUGUAGCAAAGCUUGUCCCAUCAACUGAACACAGUCUGCAAUAUUUUGUAAAAUAAACCAUGUUA